AUAUAUAUACAUGUAUAUAUAUUUAUUUAUAAAAAAUUUGAUUGCACAUUUAAAAAAAAUAUGAAAAUAAAAUAUAAAUGCGCGUGCGUUGCGGCGAGUUGUAAAAUAGUAAGGAACCCAACCUUAUCUGAUAAAAUCGUGACAGACGUCAAGUGCGAUUCUGUUUCGUACUUGAUCAGUUAGAAACUCGAAUGAUUCGUUUGUUUGGAAAAGGAAAUACAAAAGAGACAAUGGCUGGACGUAAAAAAGCUGAUAGAUCGUCUAGAUCGGUAUCUAAAAAUACAAGACAACAUAAUUCAGAUGCAAUGUUUCCAUCAUUAUCAUCAUCCGACGAAGACGAUCAGCUGUCUGGAAGACGCGACAGAACCAUAACUCAGGAUCACCCAAGUAGAAAUCGCAUUGUUGAAAAUGAUCAACAGACAGGUCAAGAUGUUUCACGUCGUGAAGAAAAUCCAUUUAGUUUUAAACACUUUUUAAAAGGUGAAAGUCAAACUAAUUAUUACAAGACCGGUGCAAGGCCAAAGAUUUAUUCAUCAUCUGCUACGAGUCCUAACAAUGUUGAAAAAGACACCGGUGGUGUAUAUUCUAGAAAUCCAACUGAACUACCUGAUUUUGUACAAGAUCAUUUAGUCAUAGAACAAUGCUACUUAAAUCAUGUAUUUGCUCAACCAACUAUACCUGAAGUUGAUAAUCUACCUGAUUUUGCAUUGAACAGUGUAGAACAAAGGCAACCACGGCAAAGAAAUGAUUCGAAAAAGACACAACCACAAUUAUUGCCAGAUAUUCCUUUUGAUCUUACUGGUUCGAUAGACAAAGCUAUAUCUCAUAAUGAUUAUUUUCUUUCUAAUGCUACCUGUUCGAAUAGCAUCAAUAUACCUGUAUUCAACGCUGUUGAUAACAUUGUUGAGACAUCUGAGUCAGCAUCAGACUCUGGUGAACCAGAAGUUAGUAAUAAUGUUGUUACUAGAGAUUGCACGCCUACAACUGAUUCAAACUUACCAAAAUUAUUACCAGAUUUUUUAAAUGAUGGCCCAAUUCAUAGUAGAACGAAUCUUUCCAAUGAUAUUGGAUCUAAUUCGCAACCUAAUAUGGUAGAAUCAACAGAACGAAGGCUUUUAUUAGAAAAUGAUAGGCUAAGGCAAGAAUUGGACUCGGCUCAUAGAAAAAUUAAUGAAAAAUCAAUUAGAAUUGUAAUGUUAGAAGCAGAAUUGGCUUCUAGAAAAGAAGUGGAUUACGAAGAAACUGCACAUCUUGAAAAAGCGGUGGAACAAGUUGAAGAUAAUUUAAAACGUAGUACGAAAAGAGCGCUUAGCGCAGAAAAUACAGUAACAUCGUUAAAAAAAGAAAUUAGGACAUUAACGUCAGAGCUAUCGUCAUUACGAUUGGAAAAUAAGAAACUUAGAUCUGCCAUUAAUGAUAACAAAAAGAACGAAUGUGAUGAAUCUUCUGAGAACAUAGAUAGAACUGUACGAAGACUUGCAGGUGAAUUAAGGACUGCUGCAUCAACGGCUGAAAUCUCAUUGAGACAAUUGAUGUCUGGAGUGGAGAAUCUAAGGGUACUUGCAUCUACCCUUGAAAAUGUGGACAGAAUAGAAGAAGAAGAUACGACCACCAAAGAUUUCAUGAACGAUUCGGAUGAUGAUUAUAAUGCUGCUGAUCCUCGAUCUUAAAAAAAGAGAUCUUAUUUAAAUCGUAUUAACUUUAUCAUAAUACAAAUCUAUCAUACCUCUCUUUUUUAUAUUCACCACACAACCAACGCUAAGUUCCUCAUGCUCUAUCGCAAUAAUAGUGGCGAGCAUAUACAUUUGCGUCGAUUGAUAAUUUAGAAUCAAAUUGUGUAAUAUGUUAUUUAUGACGUGUUUGUUGUACUUUUAUAUUAGUUAAGAAUAGAUUCUAAAAAAUGCAUUUAAAAUUUCGACACAUAAAACGAACGAAUGAACGAACGAACAGCAGAGGUACAUGGGGGACGUACGACGAGAGAGAGAGAGAGAGACAAGUAAAAUGUUUUGUUUAUCUUUAAAUAAUUGAGAUAACUCUGUUGAUAUAUUAACUACAGUUAAGUAAUCGCCAAUUAGGCGUUAAUUAAGGGAUAUAAACAAACAGGUGUUAUAUUUUUCAUAUACAUAUUUUUGAGUACGACCAAAAUGACAGUGUAAGUACGUACCUCUUAUCAUCAUAUUGAUAACGCAUAAUUAACGUUGAUUAUUCGUGCAACGCAAUUUUUAAUGAUAAUCGUUUUAAUAAAUACACGCUGAUCCAACGAGGAUUUCAGUAAUUAAUUUAUUAUAAUAUCGCGCCAAAAUGUUAGCUAAUUACAGCAUCAUAAUAUUCAUUAUGUGCAAUUGCUUUGAAUUUAUAAUUCAAAAAAAAAAAAA